UCUCACACAGGAAACGGCGGGGCAUGGUUCAACACGAGCACAAUUUAUCGUGACACAAAACCAAAAAGUUUCAGCCGCUUCAGCAAGCUAACGUUACCUGUGUGUGGAGGGACGAGUGAAGACGUGCAAAAUGUCUGAGCUAAGUGACGAAGCCAGUGAAUCAGAGCAGCUGGGUGCCAGCCUCUCCCUGUGGCUGGGGGACUCCCUGGUGCGGCCUGAGGAGCUAGACGUCCCUCUGGACCUCCACACCGCCUGCUCCAUCGGCCAGUAUGAUGUGGUGGUAGAGUGCAUCCAAAAAGGUGAGGUGGACCUGAAUGGCAAUAACAUUGGAGGAUGGACCCCACUGAUGUAUGCAUCUUACAUUGGCCAUGACAACAUUGCAAAUCUCCUACUGGAGGCAGGGGUGAAUGUAAAUGCUACUACUUCCAAAGGAUUAACGCCCUUGAUGCUGGCAGCAAGCUGUGGGAAUGAAAGUAUUGCAUACUUUCUGCUUCAGCAAGGUGCUGAGUUGGAGCUAAAGGACUCUCGAGGCUGGACCGCUCUGUUCCACUGCACGAGCACAGGCCACCAGCAGAUGGUCAGGUUCCUGCUGGAUAACAAUGCUGAUGCCAAUGUCAAGGAGCCAGGGUCUGGUUUCACUCCCCUGAUGGAGGCUGCUGCUUCUGGACAUGAAAUCAUUGUACAGUACCUGCUUGAUCAUAAAGUUAAAGUAGACGACCGCAACGCCAAAGGAGAGACUGCCCGUGCCCUAGCCAUGCUGUACAGCUAUACCAAGAUUGUCAGUCUCAUUGACUCACGUUCUCCAAGGACCAAACCAGGCCAUUUUGAAGACCUGAGCUCCUCUGAGGACUCGGACAGCACGCCCCCACGGAUAAGGCCAAGCCGAAACCGAGCUAAAGGCGUUAGCAUCCAUGAUGGGCCCCAGGCCAUUGCCAAGUUUGGAGUAGGAGGCACCAGCAAGCUGUGUGAGCCUCCUGCAGCAGUGCCAGGCUACAUGACGAGUGAGGGCAUCCGCUACCGUGACGUGACCUCACCCAUCAACGAGCUGGACGGCCAGAGCAAUAGCAGCAGAGAUGACAGUCCAUUCUUUGACAAUGACAUGCCCACCAUGAGGAGCAGCAGCAGCAGUAGCGAAGGCCUGCCUCAUGUGAUUGGCCUCAACUGGGAAGGCUCAGUGGAGAGUAACGAGGACUCUGACCAGUGCAAAAAGAGCAGCUCUCGCAGAGUAAACAAGGGCCAUCACUCAAAAGGCAAGAGUCGCCGUGGAAGCAAUGAUGCAGCUCACUCCAGUGGUACAGGAAACUGUGGGAUGCUCGCACAUGCUGGUCUUCAACCCGCCUACACUGGUCCAAAGGAUCUGGCAGAGUUCUUGGAACAAAUUGGCUUCUCUAAGUAUCUUCCCGUACUCGAGGAGCAAGACAUUGACCUGCGGAUAUUUCUCACCCUGACUGAAAAUGAUCUCAAAGAAAUAGGGAUCACAUUGUUUGGACCCAAGCGUAUGAUGACCUUGGCUAUUGCAAGGUGGCACAGCAGUGCUCGACCACCCAGUGACGUUCUGGAACAGGCUUAUGCUGACAAACUUGAAGCUGAGAUGCAGGAGAUGGCCAUUCAGCUACACAAACACGUUGAGGAGGCAGAGAGCCUGAAGAGCCAGGUGUCUCAGGAGAAGGAGCUGCGUAACGUGAUGGAGGGAUGUCUGAUGGAGGACAAGAUGGCAUGGAGGAGGGUCCAUGCUGAGCUGGUGGAGAACCACCGGCUGACUCAGGAAAUGAGCGCCACACUGGCAAAGUCCAGGGCCUGCAGCACUGAACUGCUCUCCUGUUUCACUACUGAUGGGAAUAGCAGCUCUUACACUGGCGUGGAAGAUAAAACAAAAGUUGACAAUGGUAUUAAAGCCAGGGAGGGCCUGACGUGCUCCAGUGUUGCAGAGCUACUAAGGAAGCUGGAUUCCUAUGAAGAAGAACUGGCUGGGACCCUGCAAACUGUGCUUCAGAGUCUGAGGCGACUGAGUGCCCCUGAAAAAGUCUCUGAUAGCUGGGAACGGCCUUAACCUUUACAGAGGUGGUUUACCAAUAUUUGACGGAGGGUGAUCUAACCACCCUGAACAAUCUCACUGAAAUGAGAGAAGGCCAAGGACAAGGCCAGGCCUGCCGGACCAGAGCGGCUCGGGGAGCGAAUCAGCGGACCUGCUGUUUCUCCGGGAUUGGCCGAUGGACCAGAGCUCGCCAAAUGUGGUCAAGGCCAAUGGUGACGGCAGCUAGUGCAAGGAAACGACAAACAAGCAGGAAGGGUCCUUGACCCUCACACGCUUGUGCUGGUGUGUACUGGACUCCAGUAGUUGGGAUGAGGUGGGACUGAUCACAGAUCAGAGGCUGCAGUACUGUGAAAUGUUUCUAAAAAAAACAACUGUACACUCUUCCUAUAUGAAAUGUGGUUUAAAUGAUGGUCAUGCCACAAGCUGAAGAGGUACAUUUUUUAAAAUGAGUCUGGUAGUCAAUAAGUAGCUAAAUGGUGUUAUUCCUGUUAUUUGUAUGCUUUUGUUGAGUGUUAUAAAUGUCCUGCUGAAUGAAUUUUUAAGAGAAAUUUGUGAAAGUCAGUUAAUCAUUAACAAUACAUUAUGUUUAGGGCUGUACCAAAUAGUUCAAAGCUUUAUUUGUAACAUUGACAUUCAAAUUCUAAAUCAACAUUUCUAAUGCUGUGCCAUUUUUUUCUUCUUUUGUUUUUGCAUGUCUAUUCUUUGUUUCGGUAUUUCUGCACAGUUGAAGACAAAGAUUAGGCUACACUAAUAUUAUUAGUGUUCUAGUAUUUGUAGAAUUAGAUUCCAGUGGUGGCUGCGUAGGAUUGUUUCAGACUUCUGUGAUCCAAACAUCCACAAUAACUCCAGAGCGCUGUUAAUUCCAAAAGUCAAAAUGUAUUGAAGGAAAAAAAAAAAGGGAUUUAAUAAUUUCCAAAAAGUCACAAUGUUUUCAUUCAAAUGAAAUAUUCUGCUUCAAUCCAUCUUUGUUGGUGUUUAACCUUUUUAAAAACACAAAUGUUCACUGUUGUCAAAACUGCUUUCCCACUUGCUGCACACAAAAGGAGGAACACACCUGUAUUAAUGGGGCGGUCUAGCACCAUAGAUUACAUACAUAUAACCAAUUUGAGGAUUUUGUUUGGGGAUUUUUUUUUUAAGGGUGAUCACGUCAUAAAAUAUGACGACAGACAUUUAAAGCUUAAUUCGAAAACUUCAAUAGAAGCUUUGGAUAAAUCAUUCAUUGACUUCACUGUGUAGCUUCCUAACUGAGAUUGUUCUUAACAUGAAAUUCUCCAAAAUCUUAAAUGCCAGAUAAAUCCUAGUUGUAUUUGGACCUGAAUUAAAACAUUGUUUCCUGAAAGUUGAGA